UUUUAGGUUUCCGGAAGAACUAACUUUCGCUUUAAGUUAGUCUUUGUGGUGUUUUUGUUUCUUAAACAGUACAGUAUAGCAUGUUUUGAUGAUGCUAGAACUUUAUUGAUACUAUUUCACAGGCCUUUUAUAUGGAUUUUUUAAUGAAUAGUUAAUAUGUAUUGUUUCAACAUUGUAUAAAAUGCCGGUGUUUGAUGCUCUUUGACUUCGGAUACUUAUAAAUUUUCGGAUACAACAUACAAGAAUCUUUAUUCUUAAAGUCGGGUACAUGCUUACAAGAAACAUUAGCUUAUUGAGCUAUUUUCCGACAUUAAUAACAGACAUACAUAACAUUUCAAAACAUAACAAAGAGCUGGUGAGCUGGAAAUUCCAUAAAGAUGGACUGAAACUUUAACUUGGACAAUAGUUAUGGCUGAAAAAGGUGAAGAACGUUUGCUUGAUCGAGAACCGAAACGUGAUUCAAAUAUUGCAUUGUAUGUACAGACAUAUAAGACAGACUUUGACCAUGAUGUGUUUCUCAUAUACGCUGGCAAGGAUGAAGAUAUUGUGAAGAAAAUAUAUAAAGGUUUGUCAGAAGAUCUGCAGCCUGGUCUGCGAUGUGCAGCACAGUUCGACGGGCAUACCUUUCCAACAGGGAGACCUGUGAUGGAAAGUAUAUCAAAACUGAUCAAUACAUCACACCGAACAGCUCUCGUCUUGACUAAACAUGCUCUAGAAAGUCCCUGGAUCAACUUGGAAACGAUUCUUGCCAUAGAGCAAUCACAACACAGAAAAGACCAUGAUUUAACCUUGAGACUGCUCCUGGUAAACAUUGAAGAAUCAGAAGUGUUACCUUUGAAACGAGGGCAGUUUAAGACAAUACCUCAUAUUCUCGUAGAUUUGAGUGAUAAGAAUUGGCAGGAAAGUUUGCGUGAACGGCUAAUUGAGCCCAUUCAAGUACAUGACAUAUUGCCUGUCGGAAGUUUGGCACAUGGGCUCGUGUUUUCCCACUUCAACGGUUUCUUGUCCUACAUGAUCAAACAUCUACAGGAUGAUUUAAAAAGGCAUUCUAUGUACAAAAAAUUCUCCGAACAUUUCUGCAGAAAGUACAAUAUGCUUGUUCCAUUGUCGUGUAAAACGUUGAACUCAUUAGAAGGCACAGAUGAAAGCACGGGAAUUACAAUUAAAAAAGACGGAGAAAAUAUUGAAUUUAAAGAGGAUCACAUGGGGAAGGAAAGAAAGAUAAUCAUUACAGUCUACAAAAUAUCCAAGGGAAGCGAAUUCUACUACUUUUUUGCAGACAUGCCACCAGUUUUGAACUGUAUCUACCAGCUGUGGUAUCAUGGAGUGGGUGGGGUUGAUUGCCUAUUGCAAGUGGAGAGAUUCAAGCAUACUUAUAACAAGGUCGUGCACCAUGCUGAUUUCUCUUCCGAAGGCUAUGACCCUUUUAGAAUGCUAGAUUAUGACGAUAAAACCACUAGUCACUUCGAGAAACUGUUUGAAUCUGUGAGGAAGAGUGUUGCUGAAGACAACCGGGCUAGGAAAGAAGUUGAGAAAAGUGGAACACCUUGGGGUCGACAGGAAUCUGAAAAGGUAACAGAAGGUGUACUUGUUUCCUGUGUUGAGGAUUGCAGAGAGGACAAGGAAGUUGCUUGUCAGAUAGUUGAAUAUCUGAAAGAGAAAAAAGUCCAAGUGGCGUUAGAUAGUCAGUGCGUUGGACCUCUUUUACAAAUUGCAAACACCUAUAAAUGGUACGUGUUUGUUUUCUCAGAGGAUGCCUUGCGAUCACAGUCCUUGACAUUCAACUGCAUUCAGCUGUUGGGGGAUAGUGUGUCGGAUAAUGAGGUGAAAGUAAUUCCUGUGUUGAACAAUAUAAGCAUAGAGAAAUUGCCAAAUUUUGUACGCUGGGUGACACUGCUGACGACAUCGGAUAAAAAGUGCUGCGAACACCUUUAUGACACGAUCAGAGGGGGGCCUGUUACAAUGGAGGAGCGCAUGCCGGCUGGUGAUGUGGCCACAGGUCUGUGUUGGGCGUACCUUAUCAAUUAUCUCAAGUAUACGUUGUUCACACCAGCUGUAGUGGAGGACGGGGAAAGGUGUUUGAAAUUGGAUUUUGUUCAAAGGAUCAGAAAGUUCUUAAAAGAUAGCAACAUUGCAAAUGGUUGUUUGGACAAGGUUUGCAUCUUAUGCCCGGCUUCAUGUGACACACCAAGCAGGAUAGCUGAAGAGGCAAAUGAAGGUGCAACAGAAGAACAGGGACGUCUUGAGGAAGUUGGACAUUUGUUGCCAGUCUUUGCUGACACCGGGGGACAAAUGAACAGGGAGUUCAAACUGCAUGUGUACAAGUACAACAAUGAUAAAACAAAGAAGACGGUUUACUUCGUCACGGAAGUUUGUACUCCGUUUGGAUGUCUGCACCAGAUGGCUUCCAAAUUCCAGUUCGCUGGUUUAACAGCCGAAGACAAAGUGAGACAGGGUGAAAAGUUUGUAAAGACGUACAGAGAAAUAACUUCUCGAGAGGCGGUGAAAGAAAAGUUCGGCGACUUCGAGAAAUACACAAAACUGCUGUACUACAAAGAGCCGAAGACAUUGAUGACUGCCAUUGAGGAGACGCUUCUUCAAGAGACCGGGUUUAUUUUCAUGGAACCUGUUCGACGUGAUUCUGAUCCUGAUGAUUUUGACAGAGCCGAAGAGAUUGAUGACUAUCAUUGACGAGAAGCUUCUUCAACUUUAGACCGGGUUUAUUUACAAAGAACCUGUUCGACGUGAUUCUGAUCCUGAUGCUCCUUUACGUAGUUUUGCUCUGGCGGAAGACCUAGUCGAUGGAUGAAACCCUUACUUUAAUGAAAACGUUUGGAUCCAAUUAUUCGAAAUGAUAGGUUGUGGUAGUUUACGUGUGUAUAAUGUUGGCAUUACAGGACAAGGUUUUGAAAUGAAUCAGUAUUACAAUUGCAAUUUAUUCCCUAGUUAAACAACAUUUUGCGUAUUAUACAAACCCAUUGUGACCAAUCAUGCGAUCGGACGGACACAGACUGUGUCCAGGUUGGAGAAGUUACUGAUCUCAGUUUUACCUUUAUAGCAAGCAAAUGCAUUGCUCAGUAUCCCUAGCAGUGUAUUGGACAAAUGAUAUGUUCACUUGCAGAACUUUAUAAUAGCAAAUAAUCUUUUCGACGCACAAACUACAGUCAAAGAACAUGUAUAUAAACAUCGAUUUCGGUUCGAUUGAGUCUGUUCAUACAUUACUAGAAAUGACCAGUGCGACAUACGACUUGCACAGGCUCUGUACGGGCGGUUUUCUGUUAUCAAGACUAGUUAUGGAAACAUUCAAUGAUCAGGAACAUCGAGAAAAUUAUAAACGUCAAUAUGGACGAAGUACAGAGCGAAUGAACAGCCGCCACAUCACAACAACCGCCACACUGCACUUAACGCCACUUGUUGACAAACCAGGACACUUCCCAUUGUCUUGUUCAAUGGCACGGACAAACGUUUAAUGUACCUUCGUUAAAAUCAAAGUGUUCCAGAUCUUUUGUGGUUUUAUUCUUUAAUCAUCUAACAAAUAAGAUUUUUUUAUCAGUAAAACUAUUUUAAUGCGUUGUUGACCUACUUGGGUUGUUUGUGUGUGUGUGUGUGUGUGGUGUUUAUACGUUUGUGUCUUUUGUUAAUUGUCGUCUGUGCCCAUUACCUUGUGCCUCUUAACAGGGAUUUUAUUUUUAAUAUACGCCUACUGGGUUUGUCCCAGAAGUUCUCAUUGUAUCAAUAUAAUAAUUUUAAUUUAUUAUAAAUAGAAACUAACAUCCCGAAAUCUGAGACACCAAUUAAUUUAAAGGGGCACAAUUAAGUAUAUAUUGUAUAUUUUAAUGCAUUAUUAUGUAAAACACAUUUGACUUAAAUGAAAAAAGCUAUUAAUUGAAAACGAUACUUAUAAAGGUUAAACGUUUUUAGCUAAACACAUGUUUUGUUUUGUGGUUGUGAUCAUUAAAGUUAAAUGAGUUAACAUAUUUAUGCAUAAGAUGAGUAACCGUGAAUAUUUUCGGCAUACAAUUAUAUUUUCCCCUUUAAGUGCGAUGCAACCACACGUUGAGGUCGUAGAGAAAUGUUGAAAAUGUCAAACACAAGUGUGAUGGAUGCCUUUCGAACUUUGUUCUUCAACAGGUUCUUUGCUUAUUGUUUGAUUACCGGGCUGGUCCUUGUAGUAUUUAUUGUUUUUAUCAUAAUAAAUAUAAACUCAGUUUUAAACACCAUUUAUUACUGUUGUUAGUUAAAUAUUUACAUGUUUAAACUUAUUUAACAAAACAAACGUUUGUAUCCAACAUUUAUCAAGGAUUCUACUAAUACUAUCGUGCGACUGUAUAGUGUCUUUAUAGUUUUAAAUUGCUGAUAAAAGUAUCAGGGUAGUAAAAUUAUAAUAUUAUCAUAUGAGGUGACAAUUGAUUUGUCAAUCUUAAUAUUUAUAGCAAUUGAUACUUAUUGGAACUUAUUAAUAUAACCAUGUUUGUAUAUAGAAGUAAAAUGGUGUAAAAAAGGCGUCCAAAGUGAUUUAAUUAUACACCGCCUGGUUGUUGUUAAAAGGCUAUUUAUAUCACUAUUUAUGUAUAAAAAAACUAUGUAAAAAUAAA